AAAACGUACUAUUGUGACAAAGUCGCAUCAGUGUACAAGCACAAUUCAGGCGAACAACAAUUUUUUCCACUAAAAAGUAGCAAAAUUUAUUUUAGUUCAGUUGAAAAGGUGAACAUUUUCGAAGCAAAGGCAAAAUGAAUGCGCCACCAACCUUCGAGUCGUUUUUGCUGCAUGAGGGAGAGAAGAAAAUCGUCAAAGAGCUCGAUACAAAAGUGCCGAAUGCUGCAAUUUUCACGGUAAACAAAGAAGACCACACUUUGGGCAACAUGAUCCGCAACCAAUUGUUGAAAGACCCACAUGUUUUGUUCGCUGGCUACAAAAAUCCACAUCCAUUGGAGCAUAAGUUCGUACUGCGCAUCCAGACAACAAGUGACUAUUCACCACAAGAAGCUUUCAUGAAUGCCAUCACCGAUAUCAUCUCCGAGCUGUCGCUGUUCGAGGAACGUUUCAAGGAAGCACUCAAAGAGAAGAAGGAAGGAGGAGACUAGAUUUGCGUUUUCUUUCCAGUUUAUUCACCUUCAAAUAAGCUACCAGUUCUCAAAUAAGCAAAAUUUCGUUGCGAAACCACGUAUAGAUUUAAGAGGAAAGAGUCAACAAUAUGCGACAAUUUCAAGUUUUCAUUUCCAUUUUAAAAGCAUAAUAAAUCCGAUUUUUAUACAUAUGGAA